AAUGAAAAUAGAAAUGUUUCAAAUUGGAUCCGUGAGAAAAUUUUCGAUUAUUAUAGUAAUAUAUGGGUACUGACAAAUGGAACUGUUUUCUCCAGACUUUUUCAAACUCUGCCUCUGAAUAUGAGAAAUGCGGCAAUUACUGACCGUUAUUGGGAAGCAUUAACAAAAGUUCUUUCAAGCGAAGAUACAGAAAGUACUAUUAUGUUGUUAGGUCAGGGAAGUUUGUUUUGCGAAAUAGCCUUGAUGCUUUGCACACCCUCUCCAGUGCAGCUAGAAGCUGGAUCAUUUUGUGAAUUACAAAUAUUGGAUAGGGAAAAUGUAUACCUCACUGCAGUAGUAUACAGGCAAAUAAGCGACUUAAUAUUCAAAACGUUUAUGAACCUCUGGGAUAAAGCAUUGGCUGACGAGGAAAUAAAAAAGAAGGAGUCUGCUGUGUCAGAAGCUCUGGGCAUAAAAUCGGUCGACGUGAGUGAAGUGAAAUAUACUGAUGAUGAAUAUGAAAAUCCUUACACAUGGUUGCAUGAAGAUGAGAUGGUACAUCUCGUUUCACGACCAAAAAUUGUUCAAAAAACUUUGGAUGUGUAUGUUCCUUGUAAGAUAGCAAGCCAAACUUCCGAUGGACUGUGUGCCCGCACGAAGUUCCCCUUUGUGUUCCAACCGGGCACCUCUCUCUUGUUUGUCUGGGAUUUCGUGGUGGUUGUGUCUGCUAUCCUGGCGGCUGUGUUGUAUCCGACGAGAGCUGCUGUUGGAAACGAA